UCGACUAGCGCCGUAAAAGAGCUCCGGUCGAGGGGGCUGCGGUCGGCGCACUUCUCUCCGCCGCUACCUUUCGAUGAACUUGUUGCCCAGGUCUUGUCUUUACACCCGAUUCAGCCGGCUGCUUCCUUUCCAAGGUGUUCCUGCUCCCAUUUGCUGCUCCGCACCGAAGAAAAAUAUAAUAGGGAGAAAAAUGUCCGGCUGCCUGAGCGAUCAGGAGGCGGAGAAGUGUUGCUCCGAGCCGGACCCGUCGACGCGGGGCUUCAUCAUGCAGCAGACCAUGUACCGCAUCAGGGAUCCCAAGGCAUCGCUCGAUUUCUACACUCGCGUGCUCGGCAUGAGGCUGCUGCAGAAGCUAGACUUUCCCGAGAUGAAGUUCUCGCUCUACUUCGUUGGAUUCGAGGAGUCGGUGCCUAAGACCAACUCCCCGCAAGAACGCGCAGAGUGGGCCUUCGGCCGCAAGGCUACUAUCGAGUUGACGCACAACUGGGAGGAUCACCAGGAGGGCGGCUAUCACAAUGGGAACACUGCUCCUAGAGGAUUCGGCCACAUUGGCAUCAUGGUUCCCGACGUCGCAGAAGCGUGCGCCCGGUUUGAGAAGCUCGGCGUCAAGUUUGUCAAGAAGCCUCACGAAGGAAAAAUGAAGAACAUCGCCUUCAUCCAAGACCCCGAUGGCUACUGGAUUGAGAUCCUUAACAACAAGAGUGUCAUCAAAGACGUGUUUAAAGAAUGAAUAGGCUUUUCGUGCGUUGUUUGGAAGAGCCCAAAA